AUGGCAGGGCCACCAUCUAACUCAAUCCAAACUAUCCCAGCCAUCCCUUCUCUGGGCUUUAUAGCGACUGAUAUACACUUCCCCCGUCCACCCGGAGACCCGUUCAACGAACAGACCUGGCCGUUUCCCUUGAUCCGGGAGCAAGCCCGGGGCUCUACCGAGUCUGAUAUUGUCACAGGGACAAAGUACGACGAUGCCUUCAUCGAACGCUUCGUCGAAGCUGGCAAGAAGUUGGCCGACCGUGGGUGCAUCGGCAUCAUCACGAGCUGUGGCUUUCUAGCUAUGGCUCAGAGCGAACUGUCAGCGAGGAUUCCUAUUCCCAUAUCAACGUCGUCGCUACUUCAACUACCUUCACUACUCGCAAUCCUUCCAUCCAACAAAUCGAUUGGGAUUCUAACCUAUGACGACGCCCGUCUUGGGCCCCUCCACCUUUCGCAGCUCGGAAUCGACACAACAAAGAGGGUCAUUCCCAUCCGUGGAGCCCCGGCUCAUGGCCAUCUGCGCCGCCUUAUCACCGAGGGUGGGCCAUAUGUUCAUCGCGAGAUUGAAGAUGAGUUGGUAGGUGUAGCCAAGCGACUGAUUGUGGAUUGCGAGGAAAGUGGCACGCAGAUUGCAGGACUUUUGUUGGAGUGUACGCAGAUGCCACCCUUUGCUGAGGCCAUUCAGAGGGCUAUCGGGGUGCCCGUGUAUGAUGUGUAUACAAUGGGGAUGUGGUUCUAUUCCGGCCUUGCCACUCGCCGGCCCCAGAGAUGGGGUGACAAGUUUGUACAGUAG